AUGAGCUCGGUGCUCCCUGCACCCUCGUCCUCUUCGCUGACGACUGACGGGGUCGAGACUCAAAGCUCGUCAUGCUUUCCGUUGGGUCAGCCGUACAAGACGCCCAACCCUCCGGCAAGUUUGAACUCGAUAGCCUUGAUACCCCCCAAACCUCCCGCCUUUGCAGACAACACCUCAACGCUGGAGUGGAGUUCAGGGUACCAGCCGACGCCUUCCGACAGCGCCGACCCUGCGACCCUUGCAGAGAACAGCCCUGAACAGAUCCGAGAGCGGAGCAGUAUCUCGUCGAGUGAGACGGUGCUCAGUAGUUUCAUUAUAGGCCCCAGAUCAUUCUUGUCUAUCUGUUCGAGACCCGGAAUGCAAUGGGUCGCUAGCAAGACCGGCAGCUCGAGUUUCAACGACACAGCCAGGACAUUUACGACCUACAUCACCCGCCGGCUUAAAAUCGAGAAGAACCUGUCCAAGGAACGAAAGCCCGAGCCCGAUCAAGAGAUUGCCUGGAGGUAUACUCGAGCAUUCUUUGACGAGGCCCUCGAAUCUUCUCUCGGCAUCGUGCACCGCCCAUGGUUUGAGGCGCAACUUAGGGCACAUUUUGACGGAGCCGUGACAGAUACCGAUCCCACCUGGUAUGCGCUCCGCAACGCAGUCUACGCUUCGGGAUGUCGAAUCGAGCUCUCCAAAACCAGCACCUUCCAAGAGGCCAACCAGUCGGCGUGGGGUUAUUUUGAAAAUGCGCUGUCGGUGCAGACCGAAAUGUUGUAUUUCCGAACGUCGAUUGUCGGUGUGCAAGCUCUGACGCUGAUGGCCUACUUUACCCAAAAUAUCGCCUGCCCGUGUCUUGAAUACGUGCUCUGCGGUAUCGCGGUCCGACUUGGGAUCGCCAAAGGACUGCAUCGACAAGCUGUCGCCUCGUGGAAUCUGACCGAAUAUGAAAAUUCGCUGAGGAGUUGUUUGUUCUGGGCCAUAUAUUGCUUGGAGAAGCAGAUUGUGUGUCAAUCCGGACGCCAUUCGCUAAUCGACGACGACGACGUCAGCUGUCAAGUACCAACAUCCGCCCCUCCCGACAGCUCUGUCAACAUCGAGUACUGCAAUACAUUGAUCCGGCUGGCGCGACUUUCGUCUGUGGUCUCUAAACGACUGUCGACAGUUCAGGCCUUUCAGCAGGGCGGCGCGGCGUUGGUGAGAUCCGUCGCGGAGCUGGACGAGCAGCUCAACAUGUUGAAGCGCACCAUCGACCCGGUCAUAUGUCGGCCCAGUUCUCCCAGUCCGAGCCAGCUACCACCCGGAAUGACGAUGCAGCAGGUCAUGUAUCUCCGUGGCGCUCUCCAGAGCAUCACUCUCGAUAUUCACACCGCUUUGACCUAUCCCUGGAGUCGGAGUAUCUGUGGUAUGACACCUGAUGCUGCGUUGCGGGACCAGCUCGAGACAUCAACCCAGAUUGUGGCCGAGACGUGUCGCCAGGCGAUCCUGGCGACCGAACACAUACGAUUUGAUGCAAGCACGCCUGUUCCAUUGAGCUUUUUCGGACCCAUGUACGCGUUGAUCAACCUUUUCAUCUACAUCCUGCAAAACCCCAACCGAUACGGCAUCCAGUCGGAUCUCGCGCUCAUGGAGGUCGGUGCGGGAUACUUUGCACGGGUGAAAUUCGCGACGGCGUCCGAAAUCUCCAUCAGCUUUGCACGCGAGAUCGCCACGCUCUCCCGCGAAGCCACGGAAAGAGCACAUGGGCUGCACCCAGGCAGCACCGUCGGCGGUGGCUACGACCAGGACUUGACCUGCCUGCCGCAAAAGCUGUCGGAGAACGAGGCUGUGCCAGGCCAGUAUCUGGCCAUUGAAGACCAGCCGUUCAAUGAUCAGACCAUGGACGAUAUGGGCUCACUGUUCGACCUCGAGCUGGAAAACUGGAGCACGUUCCUCUCGACAGAUUUUCAUGGUGCCGUGGCAGGUUCUUCCAUUGGACCUCGUUAUUAG